UAGUAUCACGCAAAACACAGGAAACAGUUUUCGGUAUUCAAUUUCCGUAACCCUGUCAAAUAGAAGCAAAAAGUUUAGUUGAUCACAGAAAACUAGAAAGAUAAAAGCUUGAAUGGCGGAGAAACCUGAAGCAGUGCAAGUUUUAUACUGCUCUGUAUGUUCUCUUCCGGCGGAAUACUGUGAAUUCGGUCCCGAUUUUGAAAAGUGCAAACCUUGGUUGAUAAAAAACGCUCCUCAAAUAUACCCACAUCUUCUUACAGAGACAAAUGAAAAGGAGGCUGAUAAGGUUUCCUCUCAGCUUCAAUCAGUUGGGUUAUCUUCAGGGCAAACGUCAUCGUCUAAGGAAGAAGUUAAACGUUUACCAGGUGGAAAAAUAAAGAACAAAGACAAACAAGAAGUUGUAAUCGAAAAGCUUGUACGGAACAAGCGGAAAUGUAUCACCAUUGUAAAGGGAUUGGACCUAUUUGGUAUUAAACUUAGUGAUGCUUCUAAAAGGCUUGGGAAAAAGUUUGCCACAGGAGCGUCAGUUGUUAAGGGGCCAACUGAGAAAGAGCAAAUUGAUGUUCAAGGAGACAUAUCAUACGACAUUGUGGAAUUCAUUACUGAUACCUGGCCAGCUGUGCCUGAAAGUGCUAUUUACUUCAUUGAAGAUGGUAAAAAAGUUGCGGCUGCUUGAUGUCAGAGUUUCCUAAGGGAGCUCAGUUCAUUUUUUUUGAAAUGACAGCCAAUUGAUAAACUAAUCCGAAGUCUGCCGAAUGGAGCAUCUAAUCUUCUCUUUGAGUUGGAUGAAUGACCUUACUAUAGUUUUUGAAGAAGACCCGAUACUUGCUUACAAAAUUUUGUAUCAGUGGAGUGUCAAAACUCUUCACUGUUCUGAUCUGAUUAGUUUAUUCAAUAGUAUCUUGCUACACUACAUAUACAAAUAUAUUUCUGAUGUUUUUCUCAAUCCUCUCUUAGCAUACUUGGUACACUACAUAUGGGCAUGUUUUGGCUGUAACUUUGAAACCCAGUUUUACUUACCCUUUUUACCAGAUUUGUAAAGGGUUGUGUAGUGAUUGUAUCAAGGUUCAUUAAAUGUUUGUUUUAUCUGUACCGGUGAUAUUUAUGAUCACAUCAUGAAAUCAACUCUAC